AUGCCUCUCAACUCGAAGGCUGUCUAUUCCAGACCGAACCCGAGCUUCCUCCCGUUUGCCAGCAGGAGAAGUGUUGUCCAUAGCACGAAUGGGAUAGUAACCUGCACCCAACCUCUGGCCGCCGCUGCCGGACAGAGGAUUCUGCAGGAAGGAGGAAAUGCUGCGCUGUCGGCAACUGCCGCAUUAAAUGUCACCGAGCCGUCGUCCACUGGCAUUGGAGGUGACAUGUUCUGUCUGUUUUAUAAUGCCGAAAAAAGAACUGUCCGUGCCAUGAACGGUUCUGGUCGAUACCCUGCCAACACAACCCUCGAGCAGAUCAAAACGGAUCUGAACGUCGGCCCCGAUCAGACGGAAGCAAUUCCCAAUACAAGCGCACUGGCCGUGACGACACCCGGUGCGGCGGCAGGGUGGGUUGACACGGUUGAGAGGUUCGGCAGUGGAAAGCUCUCUCUGGAGCAGAUCCUUGCUCCGGCCAUCGAGUUGGCCGAGGAAGGCUUCCCGGUCUCUGAGUUGUCGUCUUCCUUUUGGCGUGAUCACGAACAUCUUCUCCGUACUGCAUCCCCGAAUUUCAAGGAACUGCUCAAGGUAGAUCCGUCGGUCAAGGAUGGCGUGAGAAGUCCCUCUGCUGGCGAAAUCAUGAAGAUCCCAACCCUCGCCCAGACCUUCCGUGCACUAGCAGCAGACGGCAAGAAAGGGUUCUAUGAAGGCCGCGUUGCAGAUGAACUCGUCAAGGUUGUACAGGACCUGGGCGGCUAUUUAAGUCUCAACGACUUAAAACGUCACGCCGAGACUGGCAGCCAAGACGUUGAUGCUAUCUCACUCCAAUUCAAGGGCCAAGAGAUCUGUGAAAAGCAGACCCCGGGGACUGAUGAUGGCACCAACCAGGGCGUAAAGAUCUGGGAGCACCCGCCCAACGGACAAGGCAUCGUUGCCCUAAUGGCAUUGGGAAUUCUCGAGGAACUUGAAAAUAUGGGUAAAAUUCCCACAUUCACAGAAUCCCAGCAUAACUCGACUGAAUAUCUGCACGCUAUUAUCGAAUCCCUCCGCAUCGCUUUCGCAGAUGCGGCCUGGUGGGUGACUGAUCCGGACAUUGAAAGAGUUCCGUCCCAAGACCUCAUUUCAAAAACCUAUCUGGUGAAACGCGCGGAAUUAUUUAGCCCAGUGAAAGCAGCACACACCCUUAGCCAUGAUAGCCCAGCCCAUAACCACUGUGACACGGUAUAUUUCGCCGUGACUGAUCGAGAGGGAAACGGCAUGUCGUUUAUCAACAGCGUUUAUACUGAAUUCGGCAGUGCGAUUGUCCCCAAGGGUUGUGGAUUUACGCUGCAGAAUCGAGGCGCGAAUUUCUCGUUAAUAGCUGGCCAUCCGAAUGUGGUGGCACCCGGGAAACGGCCCUACCACACUAUUAUUCCAGCCAUGAUCACGAAUAGUUCAGACGGGUCGUUGCACUCCGUGUAUGGUGUCAUGGGCGGCUUUAUGCAGCCACAGGGACAUGUUCAGGUCCUGUUGAAUAUACUCGCCUUCAACCAUCAUCCCCAAGCGGCACUUGAUGCGCCACGCAUCUGCAUUGCGGCGGAUAAGCUCAUCGACGGGAAACCAGUCGUCUAUGUAGAGGAAGGAAUCAGCGUUGAGGUCAUUGAAGGUCUCAAGAAGUUGGGUCAUCGGAUUGAGGUCCUCACCGGCUGGAAAAGGGGCAUGUUUGGUCGCGGCCAGAUCAUCCGAUGUCACUAUGAUGAAGGAACCCGGGUUUAUAGUGCUGGCAGUGACCCACGAGGUGAUGGGCUGGCGAUUCCAUUGCUUUAG